UAAAAACCUUCUCUUCUGUGUUCCCAACUCCACACACUCCAAUCUCGCAUACCCUUCCACACAAACAACCAUGUCUCUCACCAUUCCCACUAACCUCUCCAAACCCACCACCCUCAAACCAAAACUCACCCCAAAACCAAAGCUCACAACAACAACAACAACAACAACCACCAUCCUCUGCAGUUCAAACCAGAACAACAACAACAACAUCAACAGCAAUGCAUCGUCGGAGCUGAAGGCGUUCUCCGCCGCGCUAGCCCUGUCGUCGAUCCUCCUCUCGGCGCCGCUCCCCGCCGCCGCAGACAUCGCGGGGCUAACCCCGUGCAAGGAAUCGAAGCAAUUCGCGAAGCGCGAGAAGCAAUCGAUAAAGAAACUUGAAUCGUCGCUGAAACUGUACGCACCGGACAGUGCACCGGCGCUGGCGAUAAAUGCAACCAUAGAGAAGACGAAAAGAAGGUUCGAUAAUUACGGGAAGCAGGGUUUGCUGUGCGGGUCGGACGGGUUACCACAUUUGAUCGUGAGCGGUGACCAGAGGCACUGGGGUGAGUUUAUCACGCCCGGGAUCCUGUUCCUCUACAUCGCCGGGUGGAUCGGGUGGGUGGGUCGGAGCUACUUGAUUGCGAUCCGAGAUGAGAAGAAACCCACCCAGAAGGAAAUCAUAAUUGAUGUCCCACUUGCUUCGAGGUUGGUGUUUAGAGGUUUCAGUUGGCCCAUUGCUGCUUACAGAGAAUUGGUGAAUGGUGAACUUGUUGCCAAGGAUGUCUAGACAAAGCUGAUGAUGAUAUUGAUGAUGCAUGGAGGAAGUGGAGACAAGAGGAGGGGGUGGGAUUUUUAUGCGCUCAUUUUGUAAAUUUGAAUUAGUUAUUUGUGUGUGUAAUGAUGCAAUGCUUGUGAAACACAAUCAAACUGAUCUAGUUUUUGUUCUUUUGUUA